UAAACUCAUUAACAUCUUGUUUGUUUUGACUUUUGUUGAAGAUGAAUUUGUGUAACUGAGUUGUAAAGUGUUAUGUGAUUUGGUUAGAAUCCUAUAAAUAAUGUGAUCAAGGAAGUUCUGCUCUCUGAUUUUCAUUGCACUUAAAUAUUAUAUAGAAUUGUUUAUUGAUAAUUAUCGUCAACAAAAUGCAGUCCAGUAAAUUUAACAGAAGACACGUUCGUCGUAACGUUACUCAGAUUAAUACAACUACGACCCAGAAGUUUGUGAAAGUUGGGCCAAAAGUGCCUGAAAGGUACUCUAGUGUUCAUAGCCAUAAUCUUUCAGAAAGUUCCAAUCUGUCAUUAAGUUCAUCUGAAGCUAAAAAAGAAGGAGAGAAAACUAAAUCGGCUGCUGAUGAAUUGAACUAUUACAUGAGUAAGGAACAUUUAAGAAAAGCAGACACAGUUCCUAGAAAUUAUAGGCAUAGAAAAGAGACUGACUCUCCUGAAAGUUAUUCUAGUAUUGAUAGGUUAAAUUAUCACAAUGAAAGGGAAAUGAGGUAUAGAGAGAGGUCUCCUUUUGAAGAACGAAGACAUUCAGUGAAUGACCGAAAUUAUCGUGAUGUGCAUAGGUCUGAAAGUGGAACUUCUGGUGAAAUAUAUGAACGGGGACAUGGACAUUAUCACGAAAGUCCCUCUAGGUCAUAUGGACAUGAAAGGUCUGGUGAGUAUAUUUUUACCCAGAAACAAAAGAUUUCCCAUGAAGAAUCAAAUUAUCGAAAAAAUCAUAAGGAACAUAGAGUGGGCAAUACUACAUAUGAAAGUCGAAGGUCAAGAAGCCCUAAGUUCUCAAAAGGUUCGAUACAUGAAUCCAUUAAAGUGGAAUCAGAAAGCAGACAUUCUGACAGAGGUGGGGGUGCUUUGUUAUUUGAAGAUGGGGAACAUGUGCCAACAGCUGAUGAAAGACACACAUCUCAAAGUUCGCAUGACACACAUAGUAGACACAGUGGAGCUUUGUUGAUAGAAGACGGUUCAAACGUUACCUAUGGUGAUGUAAGACGGAGAAGUCAUGAAAUAGAAUUGGGUGAACUUGAACAUGUGAGUGAAGACUCUGAUAUUGUUGAUGGACUUGAAAUAAAUAGGAGAAAUGAUGUUUAUGGUCAUAGGAGUGAUACAUAUCAGUUUGAUAGGGAUCAGGAUUAUGAAAGACGAAGCUUAAGCAGUAGACAUGAAACCAAAAGUAGCUCUAGAGCAAAGGAGCACUUAGAUAGUGAAUAUGAACAUUCAAAUAUGUCAGAUUUAAGAAGUGAGCGCAGUAAACGAAGGUUAAGUCCUGUGUCUGCAGGAACACUUAGUAGCAGGGGAAGUAAAUAUAAGCGUGGUUUGAGUCCAGUAUCACAUGAAGAUUUGACGAUUCACAUAAGUGAUCGUGGGAGAUGGAUUGAAGGAAAGCAUUCUCAGGAAAGCAUUGAUGAACAUCAUAAAGCAAAUUCUGAAAGAGAUGAAAGGCAUUUUCAAGAUGGUAAGGUGAUGAUUAAGAAUGAUCAUCAUGGUGAUCUAGAUAGAGAAAUGGUUUCAGACGAUGAAAGUUAUAUAGAUGAUCACGUGGAUAAUUUUAGAUCAUAUUUAGAAGUCGGAAGGGACAAUAUUAGGUCAAAUAAAGAAGUAUUUGAUGACAGAUAUCGUUCUGGUACCCCACAUUCAUAUGAAAAAGUACCUGAAUCCAGUGUAAAGGAAAUAGCUCUCAAGUCAGUUGAAAAAGGGCUGAAUAUUCCGGAUCUGUGUAAACACUAUAACAAAAAUAAGAAUGUUGAUCAAGGCUGUUUGAAUGCUCAAUGCAAAAACCUGCACAUUUGCAAAGCAAUGGUCCUAGAGUCGUGUAAAUUUGGUCCAAAAUGUAAAAAAUCCCAUGAAUUUACGGGACAGUCAAGAAAACUGUUAAUGAACCUGAAUCCAGGUAUUGAUUUAGACAGCAGACAUACAUACUGGAAAAUAUGCAUGAUCUUACAGAAAAAAAUACUUAUCGAAUGUGGUAGAGAGGAUCUUCUUGAAGUAAUCGAUGAAAAGUUUGCGGACAGGCUGAGAUCUUUGGAAGAAGCAAAAGCCGAUGAAAGAGAAAUUGUGCAAGUCCCACAGCCUUCAACAAGUUCUGGAUUUUUCUCAAAGGCCAGAUCGGGAUUAAAAGAUAAAACCUCGAGGCAUCAAGAAAAAGAGAGAAGACGAAGCAAUGAAGAAAUCUCCCGAAAAAAUAUAGAUAAUAACAAAGAAAACCAACGAAGAACACCUGAUGUACAAACAGUUAGUAGACAUUCAAAGGAAAGUAGUGAUAAAGUUAUCAAAAUGGAAAAAGACAAAAAACACGCCCAACAGGGACUAAGUGAAGAUAUCAAGGGCAGCUUGAGCCCUGUAUCUGGUGAUGAAAGAAAUUGGGAAGAACAUGAAACAUAUGACAAGGUAUCAGAUGAUGGAAUUUCGGAUGUUAGUGAAAAGCAACCCGAUCUUGAAAGUGUAAGUUCCAAUGACUCCGAUGAUGAUAUAAAUAGACAAGGUACUUUUGUGAAUUAUUCAGCCCCGGUACCGAUGCCUGAAAAUAUAGCUGUCCCUAUUGGCAUGAACGAGCCCCUUGUGUUCAAUAGGCCUCUUGGAAAGAAUCAAACCUACAUAGGGCCGUUGAACAGACCACCCCCUAUGGUGCCCCUUAAUCCAAAUCAAACAAGUCAGCCUCCCCAGUUUCAUGUACAUGAACCGAAAUUGACUGGUUCUACUGUUAUUUCUGGUUUUCCUGUAGGCAUAGGUGGCCCAUUUAUGAUGCCCAAUUUAAAUUUUCCACCAAAUUUAGCGAUAGCUCCUCCUGUAAAUCAUUUACCAUCUCAGAACUUCUUGAAGCAAAUUAUUCAGCAGUUACCUCCUGUGCAAGUCCAAUCUCCACCUAAAAAUACAUUUAAAAAUGAAAAUACACCAGCCGUCUUUCAAGCUAUUAUACCAAAACCUGUUAAGAAGAAGAAAAGUGUUGAAAAGGAUCCUGAGUUUAAAGAAACAAUCACCUCAUUAUGGACGUUUCCAAAUAAAAGUGUUGUGAAUAUGUCAAUCAUAGAGUUUGUUACUGAGACGGAGGCAUACAAAGAGGAAUUUGUGGCUGAGAUUCUGAAAAUACUAGUAACUUUGGAACUUCCAUACGUGACAAUUAAGAAAUUAAUGUCUCUUAUGAAGGAAAAAAUAUUGAUCAACAUAAAAUCUCCAGCAGACAUGAAAAAAAUACUUGAACUGUACCCAUUGCACUUUAGUAUUAUAGAAACGGUUGAAUCUGAUGAUGACAGUGAUGAUGAAUCUGCCAGGAAAAGUGUAAAAAUCAAAGCCAAAGUGAAUUUAGGCUUUUGUGAUAAGCAUGGAUUUCUGCCGUUUGCUGUUGGAAAGUGUGAGUGUAAUUUGCUGCAUGUGUGUAAAUUUUAUUUGCUUAGCCAAUGUCCUCAGAAAUCGUGCAAAUUUGGACACAAGCUUAAAACUGACCACAAUAUUAGUGUUCUAAAAAACUUAAAGCUGCAUCGCCUAACAGGUGAAGAAAUUGUGAAGUACAUCUCUGAUGUUGAUAAUAGAAAUAAAGAAACGAUCCCGUUAAUUUGCAAAUAUUAUACACGAGAGAAAGGCUGUUACAAGGGGGACAGCACUGACUAUGAUUCCAUCUGUCACUCACUUCACCUGUGCAUUUUUAAAGCUAGAGGCGUUUGCACAAACAAAGAUUGUGAAAAAUCACACAGCAUUAGGGCCAUUCAACCUCAUAGUUUGCUAGUAAAGUAUGGUCUUGACCCUGAUGAACUUGGUGAUGAGAAAGUGCUUCAAAUGAUAAGAGAUACCAACCUUGAGCAAGAGACUAUCAAAAAGAACGUGAAAGCCGAAGCUAGUGUUCCACAGAAAGCUGGGGGAGUAUUGAUUGCUAAAACAGCUAAACCAGUGGUUACUGCUUCAGGGUCGAAACUCGUUAAACGAGGAAGUGAAUUGGAAGACAAGGAAAUGGAAAUCAAAAGGAAAAUUUCAGACCUUGAGAGAAGGGAUUUUAAUAUUCCAGCUGUGUGUAAGUUCUAUCAAAAUGAAAUUGGAUGUAGGAAAAAAGAUUGGGGAUCAGAUGGAAAAUGUCAUUUUCUGCAUUUGUGUCAGUAUUUCGUUAUUAAUGAGUGCAAAUUUGGGGAAACUUGCAAAAGAUCACAUGAUUUAUAUAGCGGCCAUACAGUAGAGACUUUGAGGAAAUAUAAAAUAGACCCGUAUGUAGUAAGUAAGGAGGAGAUUUUGGAACUUUUAAGUAAGUCUAGUGACAAGGCUGUAUUACCUCCAAAAGAAGAGUCAAAUUCAAAAGGUACAGCCGACCAAGAAAACAGGCUGACUCCUUUCGAUGAUAAAAUGGAUCAGCAGAAAGAUGAAAAUGAAGAAAAGAAAGUGGUAGAAAAGGAGAAAGUGAAAAAGAGUAUGGAGGAAAUAAUGGCAGAGAAAGUACCAUUGCAUAAACAACUGCAGGAAUUGAAACAACAAUAUCAAGUCCCAGAGGCAACUAAAGUAUCCAUUAACAGACAGGUCCAUGAAGUGUUACACACAUUACCUUCUCAAGGGGGAAGCAAACGUGAACCAGAUAAAAAGCCUGGUCCCCAGUUUAAAGUUGCUGCAGAAGGAGGCAAUAAGGGAUAUGACAUGAAAACGUCACAUUUUCAGAGCUCUAAUAUUGAAGACUUGAUUAGGAAUGUCAUUCAGGAAAAGAAAGUUGACUUGAGUAAGGUCAAUGAUAGGUGUUAUGGGCAGUACUCUGAAAGCAAACCUGGUGGACAAAAGCAUUGAUUAAUAUUUGAAGAUUGAUCGUGAUUGCGAAAGAAAAUUGAAGAUCAUAAACACAUUUGUACAUAACAAGUUGGACAUUUUGUGUGAACAUGUGUUAAAAAAACACGAGUGUUUGGAAUAAAGAAAUGAAUGAAUGUUAAUGGUUAUGUUCUUUCAUCGUCAAUCUGUGUAAAUGUGUGCUUCUAUUUACAUUUAAUUCUGGCUAGUUUCUUGUAUUAAUUCCGGAAAUCACCGAUCAGUGUGUUUAUGUGUAUUAUAAGCAUAACGUGUUUGCAUGUAUAAUGUCUAAAAUGUUGAAGUUUUAAAGUGAUGGAGUGUAGAAGUGAUGGAGUGUCUUACUUCAUACUUGGAUUAGAUUAGAUUGGAUUCAUGUGAAACGGACUGCUAGUAAAUCUUUUCAUAUCUUUUUAUACCACUGUUAAUUGCUGUAGUGGAGUUUUAAUCUUAAUUUAUGGAUAUUUGUGUAGGGUACAUACAUGUAUAUACUUUGGACGUGUUUAUUGCCAUAUUAGGCCUAUGUGAUUGUUUUGAUUGUGAUGUCACACGGAAAUAUUCAAAGGAUAUAUGGACAUUAUAAUUUAUAUUAACAUUACGAAAGUUUUGAUUGUCAUAGUGUAAACAUGUAAUUUAGCUUUAAAAGAAUGUGUUUACUGAUUUUUAUGUGUUUGCUAGUUUAUCUGGUAGAUGGAGAGUUUUCGUGGACAUUUGAAAUUAAAUGUUAAUUCGUAUGUUAUUAUUUUGGACUAUUCUUUUAUGGUCCUCAGAAUUGUAUUCAUUUUUUUAUAGGUAUGCAUACGUUGCUGUAUCUUUCAAAAUUAUGGCUGAUUUGUUUUAUUAGGCUGUUUUCGGAGAAAAUCCGAGGUAUUGUCAUAGCCAGCUCGUCCGCCGUCCGGCGCCUGCUGUCCGCGUCCUGCUAAAACCUUAAUAUAGGCUCAAAAAUCAAAGUGCUUCCACAUGCAACUUUGAAACUUCAUAUGUAGAUGCACCUUGAUGAGUUCUACACGCCACACUUAUUUUUGGGUCACUAGGUCAAAGGUCAAGGUCACUUCUGACAAGCUUUCAUUUAUUCAAAUCUGCACCCACAGCCGAGCGUUGGCACCCGCUAUGCCGUGCUCUUGUUACUUUAGAAAUACGAUAGUUUCACUAUCCAACCAUAAUAAAUUAUAAUGUGAUUUGAUCACGUGCAUUAAUUAUUACUUUGACCUUUUUGAUACGCUCUUCGUGUACGCCAGCAUGUAUGUGCAUGUAAAUAAGAAACAAUUUGUACAUAAAUAGUAAUACAAGUUUUGUAUCCUCCAGGUGCAACUGAAGUUUCACUAAACGUGUAUUUGUUUAAAAAAAAUCAAUUAUAUAUUUGUCUUUUACAACAUGUAAACAUCAGCCUACCAUGCUUGUUUUCAAUGAAUGUUUGCAUUUAACAUUAUAUACUGAUGUGGACCUGGUGGUGAAUCUGUGGAUCAGUCAGAAUUCCAUCUGUUGAUUAAUUUUGGACGUCUUUGUAUUGUAUAAUCCGUAACGCAAUGUCCAGUCUGUUUGUUAAAAUCUACUGUAAGUGAUGGGCUAUGCAACUGCUGACUGACGUUCAUAUUUCAUACUAAGUAAACGUCUGAGUUAUAGUUAAGAGUCUGAAAAUGGGUUGAAGUAAUCUGACUUCGAUGUUGUUCAAGAGAUUUCUGUCGUGACAAAUAAAGAGUGCGCCAUCUUA